AUUGGUAAUAACUAUUAGUGGGUGUUCUGGUUACAUUCUUACUUGUUUAAAAUUACUGUAAUAAUUUUUAUUAAUCAAAAUACAACACACAAUUAUUAACUCGAUUCACGUAAGUACUGGCUGUACAGCCAGUGCCAAUCAGGCCAGCGGAAGCGGUGUUGUGUUGAAGUGUGCUGCCGGUUACAGGAGCGCCGAUCUUUGCGCGGUAUUUUGUCCAGCUGAUAAUAGUCAUUCGGCGAAGCAGAUAAGUAAAUUGCUCGUAAAUUGGUUUUAAUAUCUGUUUCGUCUCGGGUACUGAUUUGAGGGAUUUCCUGGUAGAAAACAAGACCUCAAUUAAGUGUGAGAAGGUCGCCGAAGUUCAUCUGGAAAUCCGAAUUACAGAUAAUCAUCGAUCAUAAAAAAGACGAAAAUCGCUGAAGAUGACGUCCUUGAAAGAGCAGCACAAAAGUCUUGCGGAUGCCAUGAAUGAUUUCAAGAGAUCUCUGAAAGGAAGUCUUGAACUCAGCCGCGAUCACGACGACUGGGAUAAAUUGGGUUUCGUCAUCGAGGAAACGGCGGAGGCGUUAAAGCAGGCCGAUCUGGAAAUCCGAAAGCGAUAUCCACCCUAUCGCGAACGUAAAAAUCCGUUCCAAAACUUUACCGGCCUGCCGACGGCCUCCACGACUGGUUCUGUCAGUUCCCACGUAUCGACCAGUAGUGGGAACGUAGUCGCUCCUGUGCCAUUUGCACCGGUAAACGGAUUCGGUCGUGGAGAUGCAGAACAACCAGGAAAUAACCGGAAUAACCAGAGGUAUUUGAAUAAGCCUGAUUUACUGAGUGAAGCUGAGCGAACAAGAAUUGAUCGCGCGAAAUUCAACAAAUCUCCCACUAAAAUCAACCAUAAAACAAAGAACGACUGGCUGGAUUCGGAAGGCCCCAAAGAAGAAAAUCCUUUUGGGAUUUUUGUACCCGGCUUGUCGCCGAAUACCAAAGAAAAUGACAUGCGGGCUGCUUUUGGUUCAUAUGGACGGAUUACAAAGGUGAUCAUCCAUCGCGAUAGCCGCACUAAUGAAUCGAAUUUGGGAAAAGUUUGGUUUGAAUCGAAAGAACCUCCGAAAAGACUGAUCAGAACGACUGUAACUGUGAAUGAACGCUUGGUGACGAUUGCUCCCUUAUAUCAGAAACCGCGUGUGGACAGAGAAAAAUCAGAACAAGGUUCUGCGACAACCGUAACCUCGGGCCAACAAUCCAGUCGAACGGUGGAAACUUUGCGCGAAACAACCAUUUCGCGCAAAGUGCCGUCUGAUAGCGGAAGUUUGCCGGAUGCUGCUGGGAAAUGUAUGAUGUGCCCAAAAAAGGUCGAUUGCGUUCUGAGUUGUGGACACCGAGUGGUAUGUGGAAGUUGUGCGGAUAAACUGGCUGUUUGUCCUCAACACGACUGUGGAAGAAAGGUGGAGAAAGUGCUGGCGUCGCGUAUGGAUAGCCGUGGGGUUCGAGUUUGAUUGCACUAGUAAACGAAAUGAUAUUAUAUGGAUCGAAAAGAUGUGGCUGUGGUGUCAUGAAGUGAUCGGUUCCGCGAUUUAGUAUUUUUGGAGCUAAUUUUGUAUAUACAGAAGUGUAGCUUAUAAUGUAUUCUUGAUGGAGCCGUUAUAGUUAUUACAUGGGAAAAUAACAGAACGGCAUAAUUUUUGAAUUAACCCCAAAUCCUAUGCAAUGUAUUUUGCUGUUUUUCUUUCCUUAGAAGUCGGAGUUGGUGAUUAUAACAUUGAUGUUUUGUCCUUUAGUUUAUCGGAAUGUCGAUCAUUGUAAAAUGUGGAAGUCGUCUUUAUUAACUCAUGUUACUCAUUCACUGAAGCGUUUAGUAAAUAAUUUCUUCAAAUAACUAAUAAGAAACUGUUAGAUUC